AUUAGCCAGUCGUCCAGGUAAUACAAAAUUCUGAAGCCUUGGAGCCCAACAGGGCCAAGGCUGCGUCCAUACAUUUUGUAAACAUUUGAGGAGCCAGGGCUAGACCGAACAGAAGAACACAAAUUUGGUAAGCUUUUUUCGAAAGCAAACCUGAGGAACUUCCUGUGACUCUUGACGAUCCAGAUGUGAAAGUAUGCAUCCUUUAAAUCAAUGGUUACAAACCAAUCCUCGGAUUGGAUCUGAGACAGAAUGGACUUCAUCAUUAGCAUCUUGAACUUGCUCACUUUGAGUGCAAGAUUUAAACGACACAAGUCCAAAAUCGGACGUAAGCCACCAUCUUUUUUGGGCACAACAAAAUAUUUUUAUAUACAUACACCCCUUUCUCUAGGAGUGACACAAUCUCUUGAUUUAGAAUCGAGGCCUCCCCAGGACGUACCAUCAUAGGAAGAACCUCGGUGAAAGGAGGUGGCCCUUUCCAAAAUUGGAUGGUGUAACUGUGUCAAACGGUGCGUAACAAUGAGAUGUUAGGCAAGCGACUCCAUAGGGCAAAAAAAAUCCACAAGGGGCCUUAGUCGCUUGUGACAUAUUAGUUUGAUUUUCCUGCAUAGGGCCCCAAAACACCUGAGUGUUUCUCUAUUGGGAGCCUGAGAACAAGAGGCCUUGGUCGUCGAACUCAGGUCUAGUCAUUUGCAUUGUCUUUGGUGAACAGGUGGGCAUAGGACCCCAGUCCUUGCGAGGGGGUAAUCUAGGUGAAGGCUCAUGGCGCUGAACCUCUUGAGGGCGCUGCAAAGAAAAUGAGCGAGAACGACCCUAAGGUGGCUGAUGCUCUACUUCUCUAGUCCUCUAACCCAAUCUGAUCUUUUUUUUCCUCGUCUCAAAAAAUAUCCACAUCCACACAAAACCACAAAAGUUGUAGUAUGUGUAAACAUGCCAGGCCAGCAUGUGGCGCUGUAAUUCUACCACAGAGAUGCACUUAAAACGGAGAAGACAUGUACUAUGCCAGAGACAGUUUAUAAGAGACAUGCCACUGCCUCAAACUUCAAAUCAACUUUUUAAGGAAAACCCGUAACGGCAAAGAUGUGGCGGUUGUGUGCAUGUCCCGCCCCUCCCGCUGGAAAGCCAAUCAUCUGCUUUUAACAGUCAAGCCGGGAAACAUUUAAGCCUAUCGUCUGGUUCCACUGACGUAUGCGCACAGUUGAGGAACCCUUGCACAUGCGUAGUAAAGGUAUAACCUGUGGGGAAAAAGGCAUUUUAAACCUUAUUUUGGGGCAAAGUCAUAAAAUUUUUUCAGCGAUUUUUAUCAUAUUUCACUACUGUUUCUAUACAUGCUGUUUUUAUGUCCUGGUGACCAGUGAAAGUGCAGUUCUGACUCUCUGCCCAUUCAUUUAGAUAGGAGCUGGUCUUGUUAUUCUGAAAUAGCUGCCCGGAGGCCUGAAAGGACUUUGACUAUGCUCAUAAACCUUGCGUGUGGUACACAAAUGAACAUGGAACAAUACAUUUAUUAAUCUGUGUUAGUUAAUAAAAAGACAAUUGUUCAGUGUUUGUUCAUAUUUUUGUUGCUGUUACGUGAUGUAGUGGUGUCUGACUAGGGGCGAGACAUGGGCUGAUAAUGUCAUCGUUUUAGAAAAUAUAUGGAUUCGCCGUCCACAAGAAAACACAAAGAUGGUGUUUUUUUUAAAUGUAACCACUCUGUGACCCGGUUUAAAAAGAAAUUGCGGUUUCAGUCUUCCAAAAUGCUGGAUCCGUGUGGACGAAACACCUAUCUGAUAAAAAAUGUAUGUGUAUUCGCAGAAAUGCAUCUCCGUGUGGAUGGGGCCAUAGUCUAAAUGAAACAAUUUGCAAUAUUACUGUUAUUACACUUGUAUACAAUACGUAUUAUCUUUGUUAUAGAGUGUGUGACGUCACAUGCACUACUGCUGUUGACAGCAGAAAACACUGAACCCGUUGUCAUGGCGACUGUCACAGCCCAAUUGUUUUGAUUAAUUUUUUUUUUCCGGCUUGAGCCCCUGCCCUUUUUCUCAAUUAAUUUUAAUUGUGAUACUAUACAGAGGCUAUAGUUGCCUGGACUCCUCACUAGUUGCAUUCAACUGUAUGUUGUUACUGCCUCAGUCUCGCCAUAUAAAAGUCUGGUUUACUCACUCCAUUUCUGAUAAUUAUUCCCUGUUUUCCUUACCUUGUUUUGACCCAUUACUAUCCUUGCCUUGUCUAUGUUUUGCCCUGUCUAUGUUUAUUGAUUCUGGGCUGUCUCUUGUUUUUUUGUUUUGUUUGUUUGUUUUUUUUACGUUUGUUUUCUGCCUGCCCUGACCAUCGCCUAUUUAUCUGGAUUAUUUUUUUUGCCUUGCCUCUGCCAUUGUUGUUUGCUGUUGUUGACCAUACCUGUUUGAACAUGCUCCACAAUAAAACCUUGCAUUUGGGUCCUUUAAACCCACUGUCAUGCUCAUCCGUAACAGCAACAUAAGUGUUGUUCAUUACUUGUCUAGCAAUGUGUUUAUGCUGAUUAAAAAAAUGGUCUUUUCACAUCUUUUAUCACGUGUCAUAAUAUUUUUUUGAGUUUUUUCAUGCCUUUAUGCCAUUUUAUGUUUCAUACUUCAGAUAUGUGACGUAAGCAUAUUGGGCAAGAGCAGAGUGAGCAAACACUACAGUACACUGGAAGGAUUUCGUGAAUGAGACAUGGCUGAAACCCUGAUCUUUGGAGCUCAUUGAGACACCCAUUACAUCAGCUCCUAAAUCAACUGCCUGUUCAACUGUUUCAAGUGGAGACAUGCAAUCCUGUGAACUAAUACUGAAAUAAAUCUAAUCCUGGUGUAUAGGAUGUAUACCAGUGAAUAUAAAGAUUCCACAAAUGAUGAGGAAAUGAAAGGGGUUCACAUUAAUUACCUUAACCAUCCUUCAUGUGUUGAUGAACUGGACCCUGGCAUACACCGAUUUUACUGUGGAUUGCUUUCUUUCUUUCUGCACUCACUGUUCUCAAUUUUGAACCUACAGAGCUUGAUGGCAUCACAAGGUUGAGAGAAUACAAAGUAUCUAUGACCAACAAUCCACUACAUCUAAUGUGUUGUUGAAACCAUAACAGAGCUUAUGAAGUGUGGAGAAGAAACAUUUGACUCUGCUUUCAAAUAAACCUCUCUUGCACUUUAUGUGAACAUGAUCAAUUUAGGGAUCAUGUUAUUCAUUUCUGCUACAUUGAACUACAAACUGUGUUUCAGUGCAUGUGCUCGUGCUGAAUAUGAGAUACAUAGAGAAUGCUGUCCCAUGUGUGCACCAGGAAACCAUGUUUAUUGGCAUUGUACUGUAGACACAAGCACAACUUGUAUUCCAUGCCCUCCAUCAACUUACAUUGAUGAACCCAAUGGAUUGGAUAAAUGUUUUCCCUGCUCUUUGUGUGAUGCAGGAAUAGGUCUAAGAAUAAAGAAAACUUGCACACGUUCUGCAGAUACUAUUUGUGAGCCACUGGAGGGAUUCUACUGCACUGAGCCAAAGGAAGACAGCUGUAGAUUUGCUGUGAAGCACUCUGAAUGUUACCCUGGACAAUAUGUCAAACAAACUGGAACAGCAUUUGCUGAUACUGUAUGUGUUAACUGCAUGGAAGGAACUUACUCUAAUGGCUCUUUCACUGCCUGUCAACCACAUUCAAAUUGUGAGAUUAAAGGCCUUAAAGAAAUAAAACCAGGAACAAUGUCAUCUGAUGUGGAAUGUGGGAAGUCAGUUCCAAUUGCUAUCAUUGUUGGAGUCACGGUUGGAGUCAUUGGUGGUGUUUUGAUGACCGCUGUUGGGAUAAAAAUCUAUUGCAAACUUAAACAGAAGAGGCAGGCUUCAGACAGAAAUAUAACUUUUUACUCAGUACCAAUACCAGAGAGUGGUGAUCAGUGUGAACCAACAUCACCAGACUCAGUGACCCCUCUUAUAUUCAACACUAGUAGCCAUUGACAUCAAUCAGCUGCCUGUUCUGUUUCAAGUGGAGGCAUGCAAUGUGUGACCUGAUACUGAAAGAAAUGUAACCUUGGACUUAAGGAAUCCAAAAGUUCUACGAAGAGCCUAAAGACUCUAUAAACAGCUGAUGAACAAAUCUAAAGAACUUCAUGCUAAUUACUGCUUCUAUUCUGUGGUGAAUGGUAAAUGGAAGAGCUGUCACUCGAAGUGAUUAAUAAAGUAUGCUCUCACUGCAAA